AACCCUUCAGAUAAAGAGUAGCCUUCCACAGGAUCUCUCUCAGCACAAGAAGCAGGAUCACAACUGGAAGGCAGGCUACCUCUACAGCUAAGCUGAUUUAACGUUGAAUUAUACUCUGUUUUGCUGAAGUAAGUCCUCAGAAAACCCUCAUCUUCAGAUAGUAGCAGAGGCAGCACAGAGAGCUGGCUUAACCAACAGUGAGGUUAAUUUUUGUGCCCUUCUUAUCAGUUUUCAAAGUUGUGGGAAGUAUUUUGUUCUGUUUUAAUUUCCAUUCUGAAAAUCAGUGGGAUAAAAGCAAGGGACAGUUCUGUCAGUGGCACGUGAAGUGUACUUCAUCUAAAUACAAUGGGAUAAGGUAAUGACUUUGGUCUAAAGAAACUCUGGGAAGCAAGCUACAAACAAUGACGUGUAGCACAGGAAGUGAGGAAUGUACAGACACUGGAAUAAAGCAAAUGGAUCUUAGGGCUCUCAUUUUUGCCAUUCAAACUUCAUAAAGCACUCGCUCUGAGGUGAUAAAUCCACCUUUUAGCUGGGUAUCAAAGCUGAGCCAAAAUACACGGUGAAAGUCAUUUGCAAUGUCUACUUAAAAAAAUUAAAAAGUGCAAUGUAGAAGUGUGUUGAAAUUGGUGGCAGAGAAAAACAUAACAACAGAAUUCAGACAACUCUUUCCAGUCACAUGUUUGAUAACUUAUCUCUGUACUGGCACAACCACUCUUGGCAUUGCCAGCAGUCUUGUGACUGCCUAUUUAAGUUGCCAGUUUUCAAGUGUCUUGAGUUGUGACAUCCUUACAGUGUAGUGUGCUUCCUGUUUGGCAUCACAGAUGUUGAUUCCAAGGUAAUGCUUUAACAGAUCAGCACAUUGUCUCUCCUUUCUUUAAGUUAAAUUUUACCCCUUUUAAUGUGUAUCCUCCCUUUUCACUAUUUCUCUAUGACUGGGAGCUUUCCUAGGGAGUACAAGGCACCAGCCAUGCUCGCUUUCCGGCCUCUGGCGCAGGGCACACUUUUUGCCCUCUCAGUGCUCCAGGCCGUUGCCCGGGACAGCUUCACUGCAGCUGUGUACGAGCACUCGGUGAUCCUGCCAGCACACUCUGAUGAGCCUCCCUCUCCUGGCGAUGCGUUGGCACUGAUGAACAAAAACAUGGACAUCUUGGAAGGGGCCAUCAAGGAAGCCGCCCGGCAGGGUGCCCACAUCAUUGUGACUCCUGAAGAUGGCAUUUAUGGCUGGCGUUUCACCAGAGAAGCCAUCUACCCCUACCUGGAGGAUAUUCCUGAUCCAGAGGUGAACUGGAUUCCCUGCACUGAUCCCAAAAGAUUUGCUCCUGCUCCAGUGCAGGAACGACUCAGCUGCAUGGCCAGGAAUAACUCUAUCUAUGUGGUGGCAAACACUGGGGACAAGAAGUUGUGCAACUCCAGUGAUCCCAGCUGCCCCAGCGAUGGUCGCUAUCAGUACAAUACUGAUGUUGUCUUUGAUUCAGAAGGGAAACUAGUAGCACGUUAUCAUAAGUAUAACCUCUUUAGAGGAGAAACUCAGUUUAAUUUCCCUAAAGAGCCAGAGACGGUCACUUUUGAGACACCCUUUGGGAAGUUUGGCAUCUUCACUUGCUUCGACAUACUUUUCCAUGACCCUGCGGUGGUCCUGGUGAGAGAUUUACAGGUGGACACUGUGUUGUUCCCGACUGCUUGGAUGAAUGUCUUGCCUUUUUUGACUGCUGUUGAAUUUCACUCUGCCUGGGCUAUGGGCAUGGGUGUCAAUUUCCUUUCAGCAGAUACACAUAACAUCAACUUGGCAAUGACAGGGAGUGGUAUUUAUGCACCAGACGGAGCCAGAGCGUAUUAUUACAAUAUGAAAACAGAGGAUGGUCACCUCCUUGUUGCUGAACUCAGUUCACACCCUCGUCUUUCUCCUGCCUACCCUCCUGCUGUCAACUGGAGCUUGUAUGCUUCAUGUGUCAAGAGAUUCUCACCAAACAACCAUGAUUUCAGUGGGCUCAUCUUCCACGACAGGUUCACUUUCACUGAGCUCACUAAGUCCGAAGGGAAUCUCACAGUUUGCCAGAAAGACCUCUGCUGUCACUUGAGCUACAAGAUGGCAGGGAAACGAGAAGAUGAAGUUUAUGUGCUAGGUGCCUUUGAUGGACUUCAUGUUGUUGAAGGACAAUACUAUCUGCAGAUAUGCACGCUGCUGAAGUGUAAAAGCACAGACCUGAAAAGCUGUGGGCAGCCCGUGGAGACUGCCCAGACCAAGUUUGACAUGUUCUCCCUGAGUGGCACGUUUGGCACUAACUACGUCUUUCCAGAAGUCCUAUACAGCGGGGUUCAGCUGGCCCCUGGGGAAUUUGAGGUAUUGAAUGAUGGGCGUUUGAUAAGUAAGAUAGGACCAACAAAGCCAAUUGUCACUGUGACGCUUUUUGGACGGUGGUAUGAAAAAGAUCAUCUGAAACAAGACCCACAGCCACCAGCGUCCCCAUGACUGUACACCACUGACAUCAUGUCCAAAUGAGAUAUGACAUCAUCGGCUGAAACAAUCAUAAUUAUAUCUUUCUUAAUUCCAGUUAUGCAAGCUUCUCCUCAGUGUGCUUUGUUUAGUAAUCAUGCAUCAUUCUUACUUUAUUGCUGCCACUUAUUGAGAAGUAACUCUUAUAGUACAGGGUUACUAAUCUUUUAUCAGUUUUAAAUAGCAGUUGUGUAGCUCUGCUUUCUGGAUUUUGAUCCUUCUCUCAUUUGGACAGCCUUCAUUGUGGGCCUGAAGAUUAAUUCAUAUUUUGAUAUCAUCAUAUAUCUUAUAAUUUUGUAUUAUUAUGAGACCAGUAAGUAAAGCAAUGAAAUAUGUGAUUUAUGAUCUA